UAAAACCCUAGUAUUUUCCUUCUGUGAUUUUCGUUUUUAUAGGUUAAAAAUAUAAAAUAUGUGAAGUCAUAAUUUGUAUACUGGAGUAUUAUUGCUAUUAUUUGAAUUAAAAAUACAGUAUUCUGAAGUAAUUCUAUAUAAAAAUGAGUGCCUUAUCGUUUGGUGAAAUAGUAGAACCAAGCACGAGAGCCCUAAUUGAUGAAGAUUUAGAAGAAUAUCCAGAAUAUUUGAAUAUUACUCCAGAAUGGGAAGGUAACUUCACAGUACCAAAUGAAAUAAACUCUUUGAUUUUUCUAGAAUCUAGAAUUGUUAAAGAUUUAAUUUAUAGUUGUGUACUGGUACAAGAAAAGUCUCUUUGCAAACUUAUGAAUGGUGGACUUGAGAUUUUUGCAUUACCAAAUAAUCAAUUUAUAGUCUUAUACAGUGAAGGAAAUGGAUUAAAUACCGGACAAAUAGUGGAGAGUCUCAAAAACUGGAUUUACACAGCAAAAGAAAUAUACGCUAUCACAACAGAUUCCGUAUACAACUAUCAAAACCCUUACAAUGUUGAAAAGCCUAUUUCUCUUAUUAGAGUUCUUACAAAUUCAGAGAAUACUUUUAAUUAUAAAAAACUAGAACAACCAAAUUUAGUCACAGGGUUGGGUGCUUGUUUAUUAACAUAUUGUAUACAUCAAUCAUUGGGAAAAUGUACCCUAUUUGUUAUUUAUAUAGACAAAUCACAUUUAGAUUCUUAUAGCAGUACUGCUGUUCUGGAGGUUUUAAAAAAAUUAGAUAUACCUAUUAAAAAUAGUAAUGUUAAAAUUAGUUCAACUUCUAAUAAUAAUUUAUACAUGUAA